AUGAAGUUCCUGCAAACGGUUCAGGUCUGCCGAAGGGGAGCGGCAUUGUGGGAUCAGGUGACGUCCGGUGCGCUGGAGACGGUUCCUCGGGCCAGUCCUCAGGGCCAACUUCACCACAGCGUGUCGGUUCUGGCCGUGGCCCGGAACUCGCAGGAUUACUCCUUCCUCCUCUCCCGGGACUCCGUACUGAUGAGGCUGAGGCAGGCCUAUCGCUGCGUCUCCUGGAACCCCUCCCCCAUCCACUGCUGGACAGAUCCCCAGAAUAUUCUGGAUCCCUCCUGUCACAGCCACUCCCUGACCGUCUGCGCCAACCACUCCAGCGCGCCGACCUGGUGAGCAGCAUUGUGGGUAAAGGUCGCACCAUGUACAACGCCGGGGCCUACCUGCAUUGGUACCGGAGGUACGGCUGUGAGGAUGAGGACUUCCAGGAGGCCUUCAACACCCUGGACUGCAUUGUACAUGAAUAUAACAGCCUGGGGCAGCAGUGA